AUGUCAACGGAAGCCAUCGAUCGAGCUGUAUCUUUCCUCACCACUCCGCUCUCUCAUAUGAUCUCCCCGGCACGCUGCUCGAGCGGGAGUAAAUCACCUCUCGACGACACCUUUGAGAUUCAUCUCCGCCUCGCCUCCUCCACUCCGCCGCCCGAGUGCAUCGUGGGCGCAUGUGAGGCUUCGGGCGUCGACUGGUGCAAAUGGCGUUUCCUCCUCGGUGGCGGAAUGGGUCUCGAUCUUGAUGUCACCAUUCGUCACGACGCCGUCACUGCUGGCUUCAGCCGCGCAGCAACUCCGUCGCUCGGCCGAGUCACCAUUUGGCAGGAGAGUCAGCCCGAGACGAAGAUUGAUGCCGACGACGAAGACUUGUUCAACGAGAUUAGCGAUUCGCAGCAGUCGACUUCUAUGCUCUUGUAUAAGCGGAUGGAUCAAGGACUUGCUGCAUCGCAGUGGCUCAGUUUAGCCAGAACUGGGAGCAGACCUUUCAUGCAAUCGGACAGCGGUCACUCUCCUACAUCCUCUAUCCUCUACAGAGCAAGUUCUCGGCAUGCUUCCCCAUCGUCGGAUCCCACAAUCCUACGCAACAAUGCACAAACAAGACAUGCAGCAGCACAACCUACCUCUCUUCCACGGCACCUGGCCUUGACCGGAGGAAGGAACAGACCGCGCUCCCAUUCCGUUACGGAGAGUGAUUAUUCCGUUGCAUCACCCAUGCUCUACAUUACGAGUUCUCAAUGCGCCUCUCCUUCUUUCGGACCCGUCAUCGUCGAUGAUUGA